CCCCGCACCACCCCCUCGACAAGUCCGCCAAAUCGACGGUCGACAGCGAAAAGAGAGGAUUUUUGCAUAAAAAGGUGAAUCUUUGAGGCGCUCCCGCGGCCCACCGCAGCAUCUGAUCCGCCCGAAAACAGUGCCCCCGGAUGGCCGCAGCUUUCCUCUUUCUGGUGGUGCUAAAUUAACAAGAAUCGUGCAAGAACUCUCGCGCCCAGACGCCGUCGAAAACGGCCUGUUCGGUGUGCCUCGCAAGACCCUUGUCUCGGAUCGCCAUUUUGAAGUGGCGAACGCCGCCGAGGCGCUCGCAUGAAGGGGAGAAAAUUUCCGCGGAAAAAACAGAACUUACCGGCCGGCUGGUGGUGACUGGAACGGACUGUAUCUUAUCAGUGAGCUAGUAGUACGGCCAGUAGUAGUGGAUUGACCCUUUGACCCUCCCCCGCGGCCCAGCAGAUAUCAGGAGCGAGCGGCAAAAGAAUGGCGCACCAGGCCAAACCGGUUAACUUCGUCAUCCAGGAUACGAAACCAGGUCAACCACAAAUUUUUCACGUCCUGAACCCGGCCACCGGUGCCCGGACGACAUUGCCCGCCAACGUAACCACUGUGAAGACGAUCGUCACCAAGGAUUUGAACGGUGGCAGCACUGGCAACACCACGACUACAUUCAUUGGUCACGGUCAGGAUGCCAUGAGCAUUGGAGGAAGUGGUGGUAUCGCUGGCCAUUCGUCGUCAGUCGGUAUAUCGGCAGGAACGAGCAGCAGCAGUAACAACAACAGCAACGCUACCACCGCUUCCGCCAUCAUCGGUGGACAGAACUUUACAAUGCCCGUAGUACGGAAACUGACCCCUGGGCAGAAGCUGAUCACCGUACCAAAACAUAAGCUGAUUUUGCCUUCUUCAGGAACGAAUAAGUUUGUCAAUGCUAAAACUGUGGUUCAAAUUUCACCCAAACUGUUUUCCCAGUAUAAAGUGAUUUCGGCAAGUCCCUCGCAGUCUGUUAGCCGGAACCUAACGUUUGCUGCCCCAGCGACGAGCCUCGCAACGCUUCAGGGUACACUAACUACGGCCACCAUCCCGACGGCAAGCUCAUCCAGCACCGUAACACUCGGCACCACCGUCACCAACAUCGCUAUUCCAUCCACAUCAGCGAUGUCGCAAUCCUCUUUCACGCUACCGACCGCUACCAGCAGCUCAAACAGUGGUCCCAGGUACAGCACCACCGGCAACAAGGUGGUUACUACUGUGGGCGAGCUGAAGCCAGCUGUUGGGUCGAAUCGAUUGAUCGUCGAUGAGCCCGAGGACGAACUGGAAGAUCAGGACGAUAGAGUACCAGCUUCCUAUUCUCCACCCUCGCCUGUUGCUACCCCCGUAGCUACCAAGAAAGGGUCAAGCAAUGGUGGUCACCAGCAGCGGCAGCAGAUGCAGCAGCAUUCGUACAGCAAAAAGACAUCGCCAAGCCAGAUUCACACUCCUGCCUCCCGUCGACGCAAAACGGACAAGGCUGGCCGAGGUCUGCGUCACUUCUCGAUGAAGGUGUGUGAGAAGGUGAAGGCGAAGGGUACCACCACGUAUAACGAGGUGGCCAAUGAGCUGGUGGCAGAGGAAACCCAGAGCCACGUUCAGGGGGCUGAUCCGGCGACGUACGAUCAGAAAAACAUUCGGCGGCGUGUCUACGAUGCGCUGAACGUACUGAUGGCCAUGAAAAUUAUCUCGAAGGAGAAGAAGGAAAUCCGCUGGCACGGAUUGGCGACCAGCAACACGAUGCAAGAGUGUGAUGAGCUGGAAAAGGAGAACGAGAAAGCCCGGCGUCGAAUCGUGGAGAAGCAGCAGGCGUUCCUCGAUCUGGUGCAGCAACACGUCGCCCUGAAGUCGCUCAUCGCUCGCAAUCAGGCCAACGAGGAGCGGGGCCUAGUGCCGAAUCCAAGCUCUGCCGUGCAGCUUCCAUUCAUUAUUGUAAAUACGGAUCGGAAGAACAACAUAAAUUGUAACAUUUCAAAUGAUAAAUCUGAAUAUUCUUUCAGCUUCGACGAUACCUUCGAGAUCCACGAUGAUCUUGAAAUCCUGAAACGCAUGGGACUCUCUUUAGGGUUGGAGAACGGUGUGUGUUCCGAUGCGGAUCUCAAGAAAAUCAAAUCGAUGGUACCGAAAUCCGUGGAAAAGUACAUCGAUACAUAUGGACUUGUGGUGGGCGAUGGAGACGACAAUGAUAGCUGGGAGACGAGUUCGCUGUAUAAUGGACAGGAUAAUGAUGACAGUUUAUCGACUCAAGACAUGCUUGGCUAUCAUGAUAAUACCAACGACAUGUUAGACGACGACAUGAAGUUUGAGGAUGAUGAGGAUGAUUAAUUUAAAGCAGCCGGCCCUUUUUGCCGCCAUUUUUAUUAUCCUACACAACUAGCACACAACCGUUUUCGAGAAGGAUCGUCGAAAUGGAAGGGCACUGGAACGGGGCGUGGUUGUGGCCAUCUGCUUUGGUUUUUUUUGUAUACAUAUAUAUAAAUAAUAGUUUGCAUAUUUUAUUCGUUAGGGGUUCACUUUACCCAGCUGGUUUGUAUGCGAUUUCGUAUCUGUUUCUGGAUUUGCUAGAAAGACGCGCCUCGUUCCAGUUCUUCCUCUGACAACACAGAGCACGAUGUAAACGACAACGUUUACCAUCCGAAUCCUACGAUCUUCUUGCUCCGUCUAGUUGCAAUUGUCCAUAGUACUUGGUUUACAACGCGAAUUGCCAAUAAGAUGGCCAUAAUUCGUCAAAAACCCAUGACCGCUUAAUGGACUACGAUUGAUAAAGCUUAUGUCUCGAGUAACGAGAAUACAUUGAUCAUCGUUGAGCGCAUACGGAGACGCAGGGUCAUUGUUAGCAAACAGAGGUAGAACAUACAAUCUUGUUCAUCGUCAGCAGCGCAUAAGUUAGGUAGUAAUUUUACGAAUGCACCAGAAAGUACAGAAAAGCAAAUACAUUUUACUUUCGUGAUGAUCAACAAUAA